AUGGGACGCACUGCUGCAGUCCACUUGGUCCCCCUGCGCAACUGCCUGUGCAACCUCCCCUUGUCGCUCCACGCUCCUCUCUCGACCCGCGCCGUCGCUCCCCAGUCGCUCGCCGUCCAGCUCACCUUCAAACCCCGACCCACCCCCGAUGUGCCCAACCCGCAAACCGUCACCCUCUGCGUCGGCUGGACCGGCCUCCCCGCCCAACCGGCGCUCGUCAACCUCUCUCACCACCACCACCACCGUGGAGCACAAGCACCACCGCCCAACGACCGCAUCGAGCUCGACCCGCACUUUGCCACCAUGCUCCACCCGCAACUCGUCGAGGGCACCACCGUCUCGAUCGAGCUCCUGCGCGACCUGCCGCACGCGACCCAGGUCAACGUCACCCCGCUCACCCCCGACGACUGGGAGGUCCUCGAGACCAACGCCGAGUUUGUCGAGAUGUACCUCUUGAACCAGGUGCGCGCGUGCGCAGAGGGCAUGACGGUCGGGUGCUGGGUUGGCUCGACGCUCGUGCGCUUUGCCGUCGACUCGACCCUCCCGAGCGCGAGCCCCGCCGUCCUCCUCACCACCUCGACCGAGCUCGUCGUCGCGCCCAAGGCGCGCCACGCCCCUCCUUCCUCGACCAAGACGCACGACCUCUCGUCCACCUCGACGGCCUCGGCGGCGGCGGGCCACCUCGCGCCCACCUCGGCCGCCCAGGCAGAGUGGGAACGCGCGCGCCGGACCCUGCUUCGGCUCCUCCCGCCGGCGUUCUCCUGCCCCACCACCACAACCCUCACCACCACCACCACCUCCCCCUCCCUCUCGCCCACCUCCCCCUCACCCACCACCACGGCCCCCACCCCGCCCGACACCCCGGUCGAGCUCGUCGUCCACCCGAGCCUCGCGCGCACCCUGCGCCGCGCGUUCCCCGGGCUUGGAGGGAGGGCGUCGGUCGUGCACUGGGCGCGGCCGGGCGCGGGCGCUGGCUCUGGCUCGGGCGCUGGCGCUGGUGGGGCGGCGGGCGCAGGCUCGGGAGCGGGAACGGGAACGGGAGCGAGGGGAGAGGAGGGAGAGGGCGCCGCGAGUGAGGGGGCGGGAGCGGCUGGAGGAGCUGGAGCAGCAGCAGGAGGGGCAGGAGGAGGAGGUCCAAGCGCGCCGCUCGACGUCGUCGUCGUCGAGUGCGAGCGCGUCCCGCCCGGGCAUGCGUGGGCCGACGAGCGCGUCAGGGGGGAGCUGCUCGGCUCGGGCGCGGGCGCGGGCUCGGGCGCGGCGGGAGGAGGAGGAGGAGGAGCGGCGGCGGCGGCGAGGGGAGGGGCGUACGAGCUCGUGAGGCUCGGCGCACCGCUCUCGGCGCAGGUCAAGAAGGCGCGUGCGGCGGCCAAGGAGCGCGAGCAGGAGGGCAAGAGUGCGCCUGGGUCGCCGGCUGGGUCCUCGCGCCGCUCGCUCCACCAGCAGCUCGACUCGGCCGCCAACGGCCCGUCCACCACCACCACCGCCACCGCCACCGCCACCGCGUCUCCCGCAGCCGCACCCGCAGCGCCACCGCAGCUCGCCGGCAUCGACCGCCCGCUGUCGGCCCUCACGGCGCACGUCGUGCACUCGCUUUCGGCGCGCGCGCUCGGCGGCGCGUCGUCUGGCGCAGGAGGAGGUGGAGGAGGUGCGGCAGGAGCGGUGCCCGGCGUGCUGGUGACGGGCGCGAGCGGCGCGGGCAAGACGGCGCUCGUGAGGGAGGCGGCGAGGAGGAUGGCCGUGGACGAGAGGGCGCUGUGCCACACCAUCUACGUCGACUGCGCGCAGCACGCCGACGCGCGCCUGCCGGCGCUCAAGGCGCGCUUCAAGGACUGGCUCGACGAGGCGUGCUGGGCGGCCCCGAGCGUCCUCGUGCUCGACAACCUGGACCGCCUCAUCGGCGCCGAGGUCGAGCACGCCGACUCGUUCCCGACGGUCCACCUCGCGCACACGUUCCUGUCGCUCGCCCAGGCGGCACUCGCCGCGCGCCCGGUCGUCCUCGUCGCGACGGCCCAGGGCACGACGACGCUGCACCCGCUCCUGCAGAGCACGCACCUGCUCGGCGAGACGGUGCCGCUCAGGGGCCCGGACAAGACGGCGAGGCGGGACAUCGUCAACGUGCUCGUCAAGGCCAAGACGUCGACGUCGGACCUCGUCGCGCCCCGGCUCAACUGCGCCUCGAUCGCGGCCAUCACCGAGGGCUACCUCCCCGCCGACCUGCGCGACCUCGUCGACCGCGCCGUCCAGCAGGCCGCCAUCCGCUCCCUGUCGUCCCCCUCCUCCUCCUCCACCUCGACCACGACCACCACCUCGCCGUCGAGCGCGAGCGACGCGCCGCCGCUCGUCCUCACGGCCGACGACUUUACCUCGGCGCAGCAGGGCUUUGUCCCGCUGUCGCUGCGCGACGUCAAGCUCCAGAAGAGCGACGUCGCGUGGGCCGACAUUGGCGGCCUGCACGACGCGCGCAAGACGCUCCGAGAGACGCUCGAGUGGCCGACAAAGUACGGCGCCAUCUUUGCCGGGUGCCCGCUCCGGCUCCGCUCGGGCCUCCUCCUGUACGGUUUCCCCGGUUGCGGCAAGACGCUCCUCGCGUCGGCCGUCGCCAAGGAGUGCGGCCUCAACUUUAUCAGCGUCAAGGGCCCCGAGAUCCUCAACAAGUACAUUGGCGCGAGCGAGAAGAGCGUCAGGGACCUGUUUGACCGCGCCCAGGCGGCGAAGCCUUGCGUCCUGUUCUUUGACGAGUUUGACUCGAUCGCGCCAAAGCGUGGCCACGACUCGACGGGCGUCACGGACCGCGUCGUGAACCAGAUGCUCACCCAGAUGGACGGCGCCGAGGGCCUCGAUGGUGUCUACGUCCUCGCUGCAACCUCACGCCCCGACUUGAUCGACCCAGCGCUCCUUCGCCCCGGUCGCCUCGACAAGAGCAUCCUGUGCGACAUGCCCUCGCGCACCGACCGUCUCGAGAUCCUGCGCUCGGCCGCCCAAAAAGUCCACCUCGCGCCGGGCGUCACGCUCGACGCCUACGCGUCGCAGACGGCCGGCUACAGCGGCGCCGACCUGCAGGCGCUCGUGUACAACGCGCACCUCGACGCCGUGCACGCCGGGCUCAACGCGGCGACCGAGGCGGCGCAGGGCGAGGGUGCGGGUGCGGGUGUGGCGGGCGGCAACGAGGACGAGGACGAGGUGCGGUACGUGAACUUGGGCGGCGGCGAGGAGGGGAGCAAGGUGCUCAGCCGGGCCGAGCAGGCGAGCGUCAACAAGCGGCUCGAGGCCAUCGUCGCGACGCUCAAGGAGGCGCAGCGCUCGUCGACCAAGGCCAAGAAGGCCGCCGCCGCCCCGGCCUCUCCCGCCUCGCGCGCACCUACCUACAUCGAGGAGGCGCACCUGCGCAAGGCGCUCGAGGGCACGCGCCCGUCCGUCCCGGCCGACGAGCUCGUCCGCCUGCGCAAGAUCUACAAUGAGUUUGUGUCGGGCCGGAGCGCGAACGGGCUUCCCUCGGGCGAGGCGAGCGACGAGGUUGGCGGGCGGGCGAGCCUCAUGUAGCUCUUCUCCCUCUCUCUCUCUCCCUUCUUCUUCUCUCGGACGACGCCGCAAUGAAAAGUAUCUGGCAAC